AUGGACAGCACCGACCUCGACGAUGUUAUUCUGUUCCUGCUACCGCACAAGGGCGAGGGGUUUGAGGGCGCAGCUUUUGCGACGUCCAUGCCCGAGAAUAAGUCGCGAGUCGUGGAAGCCCGCCACAACAACAACAUGGCCAAGCCACACAGCAGCAUCGUCACCCCUCGGCACGAGAGAGAGGGGACGGAGCUUCCGGAAGAGUACGGGCUUCUCGAGAACACCGACUGCCUCGUGCUGAGGUUCAGCCAUGGCGCCAGGACCAGCAUUGGCGUCGUGGGCGGACGCGCCGGGCACGUCGACCUGGUCUUCCAGAACAUCCCCGGUCGUCAAGCAAGAUCCCAUCUCGCCUUCACCUUGGACGAGACGAACAUGCCGAUCGCGAGAAACCUCGGCUCCACGGGCGGGACAAAGGUCACCUACAACGGAGAGCCGGGAGAGCGGCUCAUUGCCAAGGGCACACACACCCCCAUUCUCAACAUCACGGACCUCUUGCAGUUCAAGGUCAUCGUGCCCCACCGCGACUUUGCGUCCCCGGGCUACAUCGAAAAGGUGGAUAAAUUCCGCCUGGGCACGGCGGACAGAGACCGGGGCCGGAGAGAUGAGGACGGUCUUUUCGAGGCAAGCUCGCGCGGUGGUGGGAGCUUUCGCAAAUCACAAUGGAGCAACCGAGGGCUCGACGACGACGACGACGACGGUAAGGAGGGGACUCUCUCUCUGCCUUUCUCGCGGCGAACAAGGCGCAAGUACGAGCGAAUGGGCGCACACGGCCAUGGUGUCUGCCCCCUUCGUUCGACGAGACCGUCCGGCGCCAGUGGCAACGCAUGCCGGCACCCCGACAGCUGCCCGACGGCCAACCGUUCUCGGCCUACAAAGACGACGUGA